AUGGCAUACAGUCCACUGACAGAGAUGCGAGACAGACCGACAGACACUUGUACGAAUAGCUGUGCAGAGAACGUUAAUGAAUGCCUUGCAUGGACACUCAAAUUAUAUAAUUUCUUCGUUGGAACUCUACUCGUGGUUAAAAAUAAUGGAACGUUUAUCAAAUUGGAUUUAGAAAAUUUGUGCCGCCGUGUUAACGUGGGAAACAUGAAGUUGAUAACAUCUCCACGUCAGGAAUUUGCCAUAGUCACCGAACUCAAACUACUCUUCGAAACCCAAGUAAGCCAGCACCGUUUCUAUUACGUCAUUAUGACAUCACUGAUCACGUGCAUUUGCAUAGAAAUUCUUAUUGGUUUGGUCACAGUCUACGUAACCCACAGAAGGAUUGAGUCAUGGGCGAAACUGCCGAUGACGAAAGAGUCGCUGGAAUCUUUGACAAUCAGUUGUAAUACUGAAGAGAAACCCGUUCCUGUCAAUGCAGUACGCAAAUACGAGGUUUACAAACCGCUUCAGCAGACAACAACAGUCUUAUCACAAAUCCGACCUCAUCUGCCUUUCGCUGAUUCGCCAAUAGCCAGUACGUCGACAUCCUACCAGAAACUUCCAACCAUUCGAGAGGGUCCCACCCAAGAAGAAUCAAAACAUCAAUCCAAAAAGACCGAAGUCUUUAGUAUUAAAAUUGACGACUUGAAAGAAGAUGAACCCGACGACAGAGUAUCGACAAACGCUGCCAAUAAGAAGAGCACUUGGAAUAAAACUUGCUGUUGUGGUAACGAGAGUAAGAUGUUGUGUGACAUGGACAUCUUGAAAUCUUGGCACAAUUUUCAUUUCUACCUUCUGUACGUCGUCAUGGUUCUCAAUGUUUUCAUCACGGCAUUCGGCCUGUCAGGCGAAAGUAUAAGAAUAUCCAGUUCGAAACCUAACGAAUAG